AUGAGUAUCCCUCCUCCUCCCCCAGGCUUUAUGCCGCCGCCCCCUCCAGGCAUGCCCAAUGCACCCCAGGCGUCGGGGUCGCGCUUGCCGCCAGAGGUCAUCGCGCAAAAGUCGCAAAAAUGGAUGCAGAUGCAGAGAAAACGGUAUAGUGAGAAGAGAAAGGGUGGUUAUGUGGAUAUGGGCAAGCAGGACUUACCACCUGAACACGUCCGCAAAAUCAUCAAGGACCAUGGCGACAUGAGCAACCGCAAGUUCAGAAACGACAAGCGAGUGCAUCUUGGAGCCCUCAAAUAUGUCCCUCACGCCGUAAUGAAACUGCUCGAAAACAUCCCUUACCCUUGGGAGCAAGUCCGCGAGGUCCCCGUGUUGUACCACAUCACUGGCGCUAUCACCUUCGUCAACGAAAUUCCGCGCGUUAUUGAGCCUGUUUAUCAUGCGCAGUGGAGUACCAUGUGGUUGGCAAUGCGGAGAGAGAAGAGAGAUCGUAGGCACUUCAAGCGAAUGAGGUUCCCGCCCUUUGACGAUGAAGAGCCGCCGCUCGAUUAUGGUGACAACGUCUUGGAUGUUGAACCACUGGAAGCCAUCCAACUUGAGCUCGACGAAGAGGAGGAUGAAGCUGUCAUUGAUUGGUUCUACGAUCCCAAGCCCCUCGUGGACACGCCCCACGUCAACGGUCCUUCCUACAGGUACUGGUCACUGACCUUGCCCAUCAUGGCCAACUUGUAUCGACUCGGAAGGACGCUGCUCUCCGACCAGGCGGACAAGAACGCAAGCUAUCUUUUCGACAAGAAGUCGUUCUUCACCGCCAAGGCACUCAACUUGGCCAUCCCUGGUGGUCCAAAAUUUGAGCCCCUCUACCGUGACAUGGACACUUUUGACGAAGAUUGGAACGAAUUUAAUGACAUCAACAAAAUCAUCAUCCGCCAGCAGAUUCGAACUGAAUACAAAGUGGCGUUCCCUCACUUGUACAACUCCCUACCUCGGUCUGUCCACAUCGCUCCCUACCACUAUCCCAAGAAUGUCUACAUUCGCACCGACGACCCUGACCUCCCCGCCUUUUACUUCGACCCGCUAAUCAACCCUAUCUCCCUUCGUGGCGCCAAGCCCAAGAACAUGCCCCUCGUCUCACACGAGGACUCGAUUUUUGGGCCCAACGGUGCUGAUGAAGACACUUUCUCGAUCCCCGACUUCGUCGACCCCUUCUUCAACGAGAAGGACCUCGAAACCGACUUGACCGCCGACGGUAUUGCGUUGUGGUGGGCACCCGAACCCUAUGGCAGGAGAUCCGGCAGGAUGCGUCGCGCGCAGGAUGUUCCACUAGUCAAGAACUGGUAUUUGGAGCACUGCCCUCCUGGACAACCCGUCAAGGUUCGCGUCUCGUACCAGAAGCUCCUCAAGGUCUACGUCCUCAACGAACUGCACACACGACCGGAGAAAGCCAUGACCAAGAAGAACUUGUUCCGUCAAUUGAAGGCUACCAAGUUCUUCCAGACAACUAGGUUGGAUUGGGUCGAAGCUGGUUUGCAAGUUUGUAGACAAGGUUACAACAUGCUGAAUCUCUUGAUUCAUCGCAAAAACCUGAACUACCUCCAUCUCGACUACAACAUGAACUUGAAGCCUGUUAAGACCUUGACCACGAAGGAGCGAAAGAAGUCUCGUUUCGGAAACGCCUUCCAUCUCUGUCGAGAAAUCCUUCGCCUCACCAAGCUCGUCGUCGACGCCCACGUCCAAUUCCGUCUCGGCAACGUCGACGCGUUCCAACUCGCCGAUGCCCUCCAGUACAUCUUUGCUCAUAUUGGUGCCUUGACCGGUAUGUACCGAUACAAGUACAAGCUCAUGCGUCAAGUUCGUAUGACCAAGGACUUGAAACACUUGAUCUACUACCGCUUCAACACUGGCCCCGUUGGCAAAGGUCCUGGUGUCGGUUUCUGGGCUCCCGGAUGGCGAGUGUGGUUGUUCUUCAUGCGUGGUAUCGUUCCCUUGCUCGAGCGGUGGCUGGGCAACUUGCUCGCUCGUCAAUUCGAGGGUCGUAACAGCAAGGGUAUCGCCAAGACUGUGACCAAGCAGCGUGUCGAGUCCCACUACGAUUUGGAGUUGCGUGCUGCCGUCAUGCACGAUAUCCUCGACAUGAUGCCCGAGUCCAUCAAGCAGAACAAGGCGAAGACGAUUUUGCAGCACUUGUCAGAAGCAUGGCGAUGCUGGAAGGCCAACAUCCCCUGGAAGGUUCCCGGAAUGCCCACUGCCAUCGAGAACAUCAUCUUGCGUUACAUUAAGAGCAAGGCCGAUUGGUGGGUCAGCGUCGCUCACUACAACCGAGAGCGUAUUCGUCGUGGAGCUACCGUGGACAAGGCCGUCGUCAAGAAGAACCUUGGUCGUCUCACUCGUUUGUACCUCAAGGCCGAGCAGGAGCGUCAACACGCUUACCUCAAGGACGGUCCUUACAUCAGCGCUGAAGAGGCUGUCGCCAUCUACACCGCAACCGUCCACUGGUUGGAGAGCAGGAAGUUCUCACCGAUUCCUUUCCCCCCUCUCAACUACAAGCAUGACACCAAGCUGCUUGUUCUUGCCCUCGAAAAGUUGAAGGAGGCCUACUCGGUCAAGGGUCGUCUCAACCAGUCACAGCGUGAAGAGUUGGCCUUGAUCGAACAGGCCUACGACAAUCCUCAUGAAUGUCUGUCUCGAAUCAAGCGCCUCUUGCUCACUCAGCGUGCCUUCAAGGAAGCCGGUAUCGAGUUCUUCGACACCUAUGACAAGCUUAUCCCUUGCUAUGACAUUGAACCCGUCGAGAAGAUCACCGAUGCUUACCUUGACCAAUUCUUGUUCUUCGAAGCCGACAAGCGAGGUCUUUUCCCUGCUUGGAUCAAGCCAGCCGACACUGAACCUCCUCCACUCCUCGUCUACAAGUGGUGCCAAGGCAUUAAUAACUUGAGCGAGAUUUGGGAGACGAGCGAAGGCGAAUGCGUGGUUAUGAUGGAGACUGUAUUGUCCAAGGUCUACGAGAAGAUUGACUUGACUUUGCUCAACCGUCUGCUCCGUCUGAUCCUUGACCACAACUUGGCUGACUAUAUCACGGCGAAGAACAACACCGUUCUCACCUACAAGGAUAUGGCCCAUACCAAUGCCUACGGUCUCAUUCGCGGUCUCCAAUUCUCUGCUUUCGUCUUCCAGUACUACGGUUUAGUCCUCGACUUGCUCGUUCUCGGCUUGCAACGAGCGAGCGAGAUGGCCGGUCCACCACAGCAACCCAACAACUUCCUGCAGUACCGCGACUCGGCAACGGAGACUCGCCACCCCAUCCGUCUCUACUCCCGAUACGUCGACCGCCUCCACAUCCUCUUCAGGUUCACCGCCGACGAGGCUCGCGAUCUUAUCCAACGCUACCUUUCCGCCAACCCCGACCCCACCAACAACAACGUCAUUGGCUAUAACAACAAGCGAUGCUGGCCUCGAGAUUGCCGUAUGCGUCUGAUUAAGCACGACGUCAACCUUGGUCGCGCGGUGUUCUGGAAUGUCAAGCAGAGUUUGCCGAGGUCGUUGACCACGAUCGAGUGGGAGGACACCUUCGUCUCCGUCUACUCCAAGGACAACCCACAGCUCUUGUUCUCGAUGUGCGGCUUCGAAGUUCGCAUCCUUCCCAAGAUCCGCACGACCUCUGGCGAACAGUUCUCCCUCAAGGAUGCUGUUUGGAAUUUGACGAACGAACAAACCAAGGAGCGGACUGCCCAGGCGUUCCUCCGCGUUUCUGAUGAAGGUGUUCAGGCAUUCAACAACCGUAUCCGUCAAGUCCUUAUGAGCUCCGGUUCGACGACCUUCUCCAAGAUCGUCAACAAGUGGAACACCGCCCUCAUUGGUUUGAUGACCUACUACCGUGAAGCUGUCAUCCACACCAACGAGCUGCUUGAUGCCCUCGUCAAGGCCGAGAACAAGAUUCAAACUCGUGUCAAGAUUGGUUUGAACAGUAAGAUGCCUUCGCGUUUCCCCCCCGUCGUUUUCUACACGCCCAAGGAACUUGGUGGUCUCGGAAUGUUGUCCAUGGGACACGUCCUCAUCCCUCAGAGUGACUUGAGAUGGUCGAAGCAAACCGACGUCGCGGUCACUCACUUCCGUGCCGGCAUGACCCAUGAAGAGGACCAACUCAUUCCCAACUUGUACCGGUACUUGCAACCUUGGGAAGCGGAGUUCCUCGACUCUGCCCGUGUCUGGUCCGAGUACUCGAUGAAGCGUAAGGAGGCCAAUGCUCAGAACCGCCGACUUACUUUGGAGGAUCUCGAGGACAGCUGGGAUCGUGGUAUUCCUCGUAUCAACACCUUGUUCCAGAAGGAUCGUCACACUCUCGCCUACGAUCGUGGUUGGCGUGUGCGAACGGACUGGAAGCAAUACCAGCUCCUCAAGCACAAUCCUUUCUGGUGGACGUCUCAGCGCCACGACGGCAAGCUCUGGCAAUUGAACAACUAUCGUGUCGACGUCAUCGCCGCCCUUGGUGGUGUCGAAGGUAUCCUCGAGCACACGCUCUUCAAGGGUACCUACUUCCCCACUUGGGAGGGUCUGUUCUGGGAGAAGGCGUCCGGUUUCGAAGAGUCGAUGAGAUACAAGAAGCUCACCAACGCUCAGCGAUCCGGUCUCAACCAGAUUCCUAACCGUCGGUUCACGCUCUGGUGGAGUCCUACCAUCAAUCGUGCCAACGUCUACGUUGGUUUCCAGGUCCAACUGGAUUUGACUGGUAUCUUCAUGCACGGUAAAAUCCCGACUUUGAAGAUCAGUUUGAUUCAGAUCUUCCGUGCCCAUCUUUGGCAGAAGAUCCACGAGAGUGUCGUCAUGGAUCUUUGUCAAGUAUUGGACCAGGAGGUGGAGCCCCUCCAGAUUGAAUUGGUGCAGAAGGAAACCAUCCAUCCUCGUAAGAGUUACAAGAUGAACUCUUCCUGCGCCGAUAUUCUCCUCUUCGCCGCAUACAAGUGGAACAUCUCCCGCCCCUCCCUCGUUACCGAUGCUAAGGAUGUUCUCGACGGUACCACGAGCAACAAGUUCUGGAUCGACGUUCAGCUUCGUUGGGGUGACUUCGAUACGCACGACAUCGAACGUUAUACUCGUGCCAAGUUCCUGGACUACGUUUCUGACUCCAUGAGUAUCUACCCAUCACCCACUGGUGUCAUGAUCGGCAUGGAUCUUGCCUACAACCUUUGGUCUGCCUACGGUAACUGGUUCCCCGGUUUGAAGCCGCUGAUCCAGCAGGCGAUGGCGAAGAUCAUGAAGGCCAAUCCCGCUUGCCACGUUCUUCGUGAACGUAUUCGCAAGGGUCUUCAGCUCUAUUCGUCUGAGCCCACGGAACCUUACCUCAACAGUCAGAACUACUCCGAACUCUUCUCCAACCAAAUCAUCUGGUUCGUCGACGACACCAACGUCUACCGUGUCACCAUCCACAAGACGUUCGAGGGUAACUUGACGACGAAGCCCAUCAACGGUGCCAUCUUCAUCUUCAACCCCCGGUCUGGACAGUUGUUCUUGAAGAUCAUUCACACCAGUGUCUGGGCUGGUCAGAAGCGUCUCGGCCAGUUGGCGAAGUGGAAGACUGCUGAAGAAGUUGCGGCUCUUGUUCGAUCGCUUCCUGUUGAAGAGCAGCCCAAACAAGUGAUCGUCACACGAAAGGGCAUGUUGGACCCUCUCGAAGUCCACUUGCUUGACUUCCCCAACAUUGUCAUCAAGGGAAGCGAGUUGCAGCUGCCCUUCCAGGCCUGUAUGAAGAUGGAGAAGUUCGGAGACCUUAUCUUGAGGGCGACCCAACCUCAGAUGGUUCUCUUCAGCUUGUAUGACGAUUGGCUCAAAUCCAUUUCCAGCUACACUGCGUUUUCUCGACUCAUCUUGCUGUUGCGUGGCCUUCAUGUCAACAACGAGAAGGCGAAGAUCAUCUUACACCCCGACAAGAACACUGUUACCGAGCCUCACUUCGUCUGGCCAUCGCUCACGGAUGAAGAAUGGAUCAAGGUCGAAGUGGCGAUGAAGGAUCUCAUCCUUCAGGAUUUCGGGAAACGAAACAGCGUCAACAUUGCCUCGCUGACCGUUAGCGAGAUCCGAGAUAUCAUCUUGGGUCAGGAGAUUGCGGCUCCGUCGGUGCAGCGUCAACAGAUGGCAGAACUCGAGAAGAGUACUGAAGCCCAGGCUCAAGUUACCGCCGUUCAAACCCAGACCACAAACGUGCACGGCGAUACCAUCCAGACUGUUACGACUACCAAUUACGAACAGCAGGUGUUCAGCAGCAAGUCUGAUUGGCGAGUUCGUGCCAUCUCAUCAACUCACCUUCCUCUUCGCUUGCAACACAUCUACGUGUCGAACGACGAUGUCAAAGACGACGCUGCUUCAUACACCUAUGUCCUGCCGAAGAACAUCUUGCGAGCCUUCAUUACCUCCGCAGAUCUCCGCACUCAAGUCGCUGCUUACCUGUAUGGUGUGUCCCCUCCCGACAACAAACAGGUCAAGGAGAUCAAGGCUGUCGUCUGGGUUCCUCAACGCGGAAGCAACAACGGCGUCGAGCUUCCUUCUCAGUUGCCAAAGGAUGAUCUCCUCCUGAAGGACUUGGAGCCAUUGGGUUGGAUCAAGACUCAAGCACUUGAACUUUCCCAUCUCUCGCCAACGGACGUGACCACGCAGGCCAAGAUCAUGGCUGACCAUCCUGAAUGGACGUCAUCGUCUAUCUGCAUCACCGCGUCGUUCACACCUGGUUCAGUGUCGUUGUCUGCACAUUCGCUGACUGUUGCCGGCUUCGAAUGGGGUAGGAAGAAUCAAGACCUUUCGGCCAAUCCCCCUGGCUUCAACCCUAACAUGUCGGAGCGCGUCCAACUUCUACUUUCUGAUCGUAUCUUGGGUAUGACCUUGGUACCGGAAGGCAGAGUUUGGAACUACGGCAUUGGCCUCACGCAGAUGUGGUCCCCCAACAUUCCUUACUCCAUGACGAUCGACACACCUCUUUUAUUCUGGGCUGAAGAACACCGGCCAGCGGCUUUCCUUACUUUCGCUAAUCUUGAAACUGGUGACGAUAGCGCCGAUGUCGAAAACAGUUUCGCAUAG